AUGGUGUCAGACUGUCGGCUUGAAAUGCAGUUGCCUCCUCUUUCAGAGUUCUUCUUCAUUGAAAUCGACACCUACAAUGGCAAAAUCCACCCAAACUCACCCAAAAUGGAGGCUCUGCGCCAACACGUCGCGGAUCGGAGGAAGCAAAAACGCCAAUACAACAAGUUCUUGCAUUCCGAUGCGUCGGUGCGCCAGAUCACAUCGGGAUGGAAGAAGGCACCGCGUGCCAGCAGUGAGGGUGACAGUGAAGGAACCUCCCCAACGUCUACCCCUGAGCCACAAAAUGUGAGCUCUCUAUCGUCAGCACCAUCGAAUCACUCCACAACGCAUCUUGAACAUCUUCUCGGCGUGUACCUCGAGACGGUGGUGCCAAUCGCCCUUUCUUUUUCCCCUCGAUGGACCUGGUGCGCGGAUGCUACACGGAUCCGUUCCUGUCCAAUGCUGUUGUAUGCGGCCGCUGGGUACGCGGCGGCCGGAGACAAAGGUCCAACUACCGGAGAAACCUUUACAUGGCUGUAUCUACAGACAAAAUCGCUACCAUAUCUCCGGCAAGAACUGGAGGGUCCUGUGUGGACAGAUGAUUGCGCGCAGACAGUGAUGUUGUUCAUGCGACUGGCUCUGCUACUCGAAGAGUUCGAGAUCGCGUCUAUCCAUCUGAAGGCCCUCCAGCAGAUUCUCCAUGCAAGAGGUGCAAAGACAGUAGAUAUGAAAACCGAACUCGCUUUUCUCUCUUUCGACAGACAGCAGGCUCUACUCGAUCAACUUCCGCACCGGAGCAGCAACGGCACGUCGGAGGUUUAG